AUGGAUACAGAGAAAAUUCCCCACCCUUACGAGGACAACCGAGAUGCAGAACGCCAGAGUCGCCAGUCCCGCAGGAGCACGGCUGGGAAAGAUUCCGAGGCGUCGGUCCGAACUCUGAAACGGGACAAGAGUCGGGACGGAGAAAGGUAUGAGAGGGACAGCUGUGCUGGGGACCAGGGUAAGACACUGGAACUGGAUCCGGACCGGGACCGCAUGUCAGACGGAGAGCGCAGGAGGAGCAGCUCAUUCUACUCGGAGGACUACGAGAACCUAACACCCUCAGAACACACGCUGUCUCCCUACUCCCGCACGCCCUCCCCGAGCCCUCGCCGAGCGGGACCCCGCGCCAAGAGGGUCUCCAGCAGUCCCCUACACAAAACAGGUACCGUACACACACACACACACACACACACACACACACACACACACACACACACACACACACACACACCCACACACACCCGUGUGGUGUAACACAUAGAGAUGUCCUAGUUGUUAUGUAGGUGUAACACAUAGAGAUGUCCUAGUUGUUAUGUAGGUGUAACACAUAGAGAUGUCCUAGUUGUUAUGUAGGUGUAACACAUAGAGAUGUCCUAGUUGUUAUGUAGGUGUAACACAUAGAGAUGUCCUAGUUGUGAUGUAGGUGUAACACAUAGAGAUGUCCUAGUUGUUAUGUAGGUGUAACACAUAGAGAUGUCCUAGUUGUGAUGUAGGUGUAACACAUAGAGAUGUCCUAGUUGUUAUGUAGGUGUAACACAUAGAGAUGUCCUAGUUGUUAUGUAGGUGUAACACAUAGAGAUGUCCUAGUUGUUAUGUAGGUGUAACACAUAGAGAUGUCCUAGUUGUUAUGUAGGUGUAACACAUAGAGAUGUCCUAGUUGUUAUGUAGGUGUAACACAUAGAGAUGUCCUAGUUGUGAUGUAGGUGUAACACAUAGAGAUGUCCUAGUUGUUAUGUAGGUGUAACACAUAGAGAUGUCCUAGUUGUGAUGUAGGUGUAACACAUAGAGAUGUCCUAGUUGUUAUGUAGGUGUAACACAUAGAGAUGUCCUAGUUGUUAUGUAGGUGUAACACAUAGAGAUGUCCUAGUUGUUAUGUAGGUGUAACACAUAGAGAUGUCCUAGUUGUUAUGUAGGUGUAACACAUAGAGAUGUCCUAGUUGUUAUGUAGGUGUAACACAUAGAGAUGUCCUAGUUGUUAUGUAGGUGUAACACAUAGAGAUGUCCUAGUUGUUAUGAAGGUGUAACACAUAGAGAUGUCCUAGUUGUUAUGUAGGUGUAACACAUAGAGAUGUCCUAGUUGUUAUGUAGGUGUAACACAUAGAGAUGUCCUAGUUGUUAUGUAGGUGUAACACAUAGAGAUGUCCUAGUUGUUAUGUAGGUGUAACACAUAGAGAUGUCCUAGUUGUUAUGUAGGUGUAACACAUUUAAGAGCUAGCUUUUGAGUGGCGCGACCUGUAGAGACGCUUGAGGGAGGACAGUCGUGUGUUUGUAAAGCAGAUGGCCCGGGUUGGAUCCAGCUAUGUGCUGAAUCAGGAGGAAGUGGUACUGGCUAAGCAAGCAGCGUGACGUCCUUUACGUAGGGAGUGAUGCAUAGUUUCAUGAGACCGUUGUCCUUUGUCGUGUGUGUCCCCCAGGCGUGCGUCGGGGUGUGUCUCGCCCUCCCCGUGUGGGUGCCCAGCCCCAGCGACCUCAGCGUUGGGGGGUAAGGACCGGGUCCCAGAGCCUGAUCAAGGACUCCACGGCGCCCCCUAAAGAUCUUGACCUGGUGACCAAGCGCAUGCUGUCGGCCCGCCUGCUGAAGAUUAAUGAGCUACGCAACGCCCUGGCAGAGCUACAGCUCCACACCGACCUACUCACCAAGGAGAACCGCGUCCUCAGACAGGUAACCUAACUAACCCUGACCCCUGACCCCUGACCCUGACCCUCAGACAGGUAACCUAAAUAACCCUAACCCUGACCCUCAGACAGGUAACCUAACUAACCCUGACCCCUAACCCUGACCCUCAGACAGGUAACCUAACUAACCCUGACCCCUAACCCAGACCCUCAGACAGGUAACCUAACUAACCCUGACCCCUGACCCUGACCCUCAGACAGGUAACCUAACUAACCCAAACCCCUAACCCUGAACCUCAGACAGGUAACCUAACUAACCCUGACCCCUAACCCUGACCCUCAGACAGGUAACCUAACUAACCCUGACCCCUGACCCUGACCCUCAGACAGGUAACCUAACUAACCCUGACCCUGACCCUCAGACAGGUAACCUAACUAACCCAAACCCCUAACCCUGACCCUCAGACAGGUAACCUAACUAACCCAAACCCCUAACCCUGACCCUCAGACAGGUAACCUAACUAACCCAAACCCCUAACCCUGACCCUCAGACAGGUAACCUAACUAACCCAAACCCCUAACCCUGACCCUCAGACAGGUAACCUAACUAAUCCAAACCCCUAACCCUGACCCUCAGACAGGUAACCUAACUAAUCCAAACCCCUAACCCUGACCCUCAGACAGGUAACCUAACUAACCCAAACCCCUAACCCUGACCCUCAGACAGGUAACCUAACUAACCCAAACCCCUAACCCUGUCCUCAGACAGGUAACCUAACUAACCCGAAACAUGACCCUAACCCUGACCCCAGACAGGUAUUGUCUAAUGUUCUGAGUAGGGUUGAGCUUUUCAAUUCCAGUAACUUUAAAACAAUUCCCAGGUUUUUCUAACUCUAAAUCACGUAGAAGCGAUGGUACUUAGUCGCCCUGCGUCCCUCCAAUGUAAUUCUCAUUGGACAGUUACUUUAAUAAAGCCUGUCCAUAGAAAUAGAUAGAGGACUCUAGAUGGAUAAAACCCGUUUUAGCAUGGGCAUUGCCAAGGGCUUCCACCAUUUUAAAGUAACCAACUGGGUAGGGUUUCCUAUUGGUUGGGUGCGAUCAGCAAAUGAUCAGAGCAUUGUGUUUUUCAUAUUGGGUUGCCUAUGAUUUGUAAAUGGCUUUAAGCUAUAUCACUGCCAUCUAGUGGCCACACUUUGAAAUGGAGAUGGCCUCAAUGGUGCUGUCCGUGCUGUCACAGGUUCCAUAAUGGCACAGAUACAAAGAUCAGUCCUCUAUCAUAAUGCGCCCGUCCGUGUGUGUGUGAUUCCAGUCCUCUAUCAUAAUGAGCCCGUCCGUGUGUGUGUGAUUCCAGUCCUCUAUCAUAAUGAGCCCGUCCGUGUGUGUGUGAUUCCAGUCCUCUAUCAUAAUGAGCCCGUCCGUGUGUGUGUGAUUCCAGUCCUCUAUCAUAAUGAGCCCGUCCGUGUGUGUGAUUCCAGUCCUCUAUCAUAAUGAGCCCGUCCGUGUGUGUGAUUCCAGUCCUCUAUCAUAAUGAGCCCGUCCGUGUGUGUGAUUCCAGUCCUCUAUCAUAAAGCGCCCGUCCGUGUGUGUGUGAUUCCAGUCCUCUAUCAUAAUGAGCCCGUCCGUGUGUGUGUGAUUCCAGUCCUCUAUCAUAAUGAGCCCGUCCGUGUGUGUGUGAUUCCAGUCCUCUAUCAUAAUGAGCCCGUCCGUGUGUGUGUGAUUCCAGUCCUCUAUCAUAAUGAGCCCGUCCGUGUGUGUGUGAUUCCAGUCCUCUAUCAUAAUGAGCCCGUCCGUGUGUGUGUGAUUCCAGUCCUCUAUCAUAAUGAGCCCGUCCGUGUGUGUGUGAUUCCAGUCCUCUAUCAUAAUGAGCCCGUCCGUGUGUGUGUGAUUCCAGUCCUCUAUCAUAAUGAGCCCGUCCGUGUGUGUGUGAUUCCAGUCCUCUAUCAUAAUGAGCCCGUCCGUGUGUGUGAUUCCAGUCCUCUAUCAUAAUGAGCCCGUCCGUGUGUGUGUGAUUCCAGUCCUCUAUCAUAAUGAGCCCGUCCGUGUGUGUGUGAUUCCAGUCCUCUAUCAUAAUGAGCCCGUCCGUGUGUGUGAUUCCAGUCCUCUAUCAUAAUGAGACCGUCCGUGUGUGUGAUUCCAGUCCUCUAUCAUAAUGAGCCCGUCCGUGUGUGUGUGAUUCCAGUCCUCUAUCAUAAUGAGCCCGUCUGUGUGUGUGUGAUUCCAGUCCUCUAUCAUAAUGAGCCCGUCCGUGUGUGUGUGAUUCCAGUCCUCUAUCAUAAUGAGCCCGUCCGUGUGUGUGUGAUUCCAGUCCUCUAUCAUAAUGAGCCCGUCCGUGUGUGUGUGAUUCCAGUCCUCUAUCAUAAUGAGCCCGUCCGUGUGUGUGUGAUUCCAGUCCUCUAUCAUAAUGCGCCCGUCCGUGUGUGUGUGAUUCCAGUCCUCUAUCAUAAUGAGCCCGUCCGUGUGUGUGAUUCCAGUCCUCUAUCAUAAUGAGCCCGUCCGUGUGUGUGUGAUUCCAGUCCUCUAUCAUAAUGAGCCCGUCCGUGUGUGUGAUUCCAGUCCUCUAUCAUAAUGAGCCCGUCCGUCCGUGUGAUUCCAGUCCUCUAUCAUAAUGAGCCCGUCCGUGUGUGUGUGAUUCCAGUCCUCUAUCAUAAUGAGCCCGUCCGUGUGUGUGAUUCCAGUCCUCUAUCAUAAUGAGCCCGUCCGUGUGUGUGAUUCCAGUCCUCUAUCAUAAUGAGCCCGUCCGUGUGUGUGUGAUUCCAGUCCUCUAUCAUAAUGAGCCCGUCCGUGUGUGUGUGAUUCCAGUCCUCUAUCAUAAUGAGCCCGUCCGUGUGUGUGUGAUUCCAGUCCUCUAUCAUAAUGAGCCCGUCCGUGUGUGUGUGAUUCCAGUCCUCUAUCAUAAUGAGCCCGUCCGUGUGUGUGUGAUUCUAGUCCUCUAUCAUAAUGCGCCCGUCCGUGUGUGUGUGAUUCCAGUCCUCUAUCAUAAUGAGCCCGUCCGUGUGUGUGAUUCCAGUCCUCUAUCAUAAUGAGCCCAUCCGUGUGUGUGUGAUUCCAGUCCUCUAUCAUAAUGAGCCCGUCCGUGUGUGUGAUUCCAGUCCUCUAUCAUAAUGAGCCCGUCCGUGUGUGUGAUUCCAGUCCUCUAUCAUAAUGAGCCCGUCCGUGUGUGUGUGAUUCCAGUCCUCUAUCAUAAUGAGCCCGUCCGUGUGUGUGAUUCCAGUCCUCUAUCAUAAUGAGCCCGUCCGUGUGUGUGAUUCCAGUCCUCUAUCAUAAUGAGCCCGUCCGUGUGUGUGUGAUUCCAGUCCUCUAUCAUAAUGAGCCCGUCCGUGUGUGUGUGAUUCCAGUCCUCUAUCAUAAUGAGCCCGUCCAUGUGUGUGUGAUUCCAGUCCUCUAUCAUAAUGCGCCCGUCCGUGUGUGUGUGAUUCCAGUCCUCUAUCAUAAUGAGCCCGUCCGUGUGUGUGUGAUUCCAGUCCUCUAUCAUAAUGAGCCCGUCCGUGUGUGUGAUUCCAGUCCUCUAUCAUAAUGAGCCCGUCCGUGUGUGUGAUUCCAGUCCUCUAUCAUAAUGAGCCCGUCCGUGUGUGUGUGAUUCCAGUCCUCUAUCAUAAUGAGCCCGUCCGUGUGUGUGAUUCCAGUCCUCUAUCAUAAUGAGCCCGUCCAUGUGUGUGUGAUUCCAGUCCUCUAUCAUAAUGCGCCCGUCCGUGUGUGUGUGAUUCCAGUCCUCUAUCAUAAUGAGCCCGUCCGUGUGUGUGUGAUUCCAGUCCUCUAUCAUAAUGCGCCCGUCCGUGUGUGUGUGAUUCCAGUCCUCUAUCAUAAUGAGCCCGUCCGUGUGUGUGUGAUUCCAGUCCUCUAUCAUAAUGCGCCCGUCCGUGUGUGUGUGAUUCCUAAAGCUCCAGCACCGCCAGGAGAGGGCGCUGCAGCGUUACGACGACACAGAGAGCGAGAUCGCCCAGCUGCUGUCGCGCCACGCCAACGAGACCACAGCUCUGCGGGAACGUCUACGGCGGACACAGGAGAGGGAGCGGGACGCUGAGAGGCGACUCAAAGACACACAGGUACGGAAUGCCAGAGGGCUCAUACUGGCCAGAUCUAAAUACAGAAAGUGUUUGCUUUUUGUAGAAGAGUGAAAAUAAAUAAAAUAGGUUUAAGUGUGAGCUGACCAGAGGUGCCUGUCUGCCUGCCUGUCUGCCUGCCUGCCUGUCUGCCUGUCUAUCUGUCUGUCUAUCUGUCUGCCUGUCUGACUGCCUGUCUAUCUGUCUGCCUGUCUGACUGUCUGCUUGUCUGCCUGCCUGUCUAUCUGCCUGCCUGCCUGCCUGCCUGUCUAUCUGCCUGGCUGUCUGCCUGUCUGUCUGCCUGCCUGCCUGCCUGCCUGUCUAUCUGUCUGCCUGUCUCCCUGUCUGUCCUCCAUCGUCCCUCCAGGAGCAGCUGCAGCGUAGCCAGUCGUCCCUGGGUCGUCUGAGGCGUCUGGCGGAACAGCAGGAGCUAGGCCCCAGGGAGGAGCUCACCAGGAGACUGGAGCAGGAGAAGGCCAAGGACCAGGAGAACCAGCUGAAGAUCAAGGUACUGUAGCUAAUAAUACACUACAGUUAAGUAUGCUGAUUGUUAGACUCCUGUUAAACAAAGAUCACACAUCACAGAGCUCUAAAGGUGAAGGACAGGACACUAGCUCGCACACACACACACACACACACACACACACACACACACACACACACACAGAGCAGUACCGAUCCUCUUGGUGUUGUUGUGUAUUUUCCUGGGCGAUGGUUUCAUUAUGCGGUUGGCAUAGGUUAUUGUAGGGGCGAUAAGCCAACAAGGCUGUAACGUUUGCUUUGCUGUAUGGACGGUUCAUGCAACUCAAUGUUGACAAAAUAGCGAGCCCACAUCCUUCCACAAAGCACAGCUAGCUAGUCAAGGAAAUAGUCCAACACCAACCUGUAUAAUACGUUAGCUAGCGUUAGCUAACGUUACUCCAUACACUAGUCAAUCUGGCUUGCUUAGCGAUGUACACUGAACCAAAAUAUAAACGCAACGUAUAAAGUGUUGGUCCCAUGUUUCAUGAGCUGAAAUAAAAUAUUCCAGAAAUGUUCCAUACGCACAAAAAGCUUAUUUCUCUAAAAUGUUGUGCACAAAUUUAUUUACGUCCCGUUAGUGAGCAUUUCUCCAUGCCAAGAUAAUGCAUCCACCUGACAGGUGUGUCAUAUCAAGAAGCUGAUUAAACAACAUCAUCAUUACACAGGUGCACCUUGUGCUGGGGACAAUAAAAAGGCCACUCUAAAAUGUGCAGUUUUGUCACACAAUACAAUGCCACAGAUGUCUCAAGUAUUGAGGGAGGGUGCAAUUGGCAUGCUGACUGCAGGAAUGUCCACCAGAGCUGUUGCCAGAGAAUUUAAUGUUCAUUUCUCUACGCCUCCAACGUUUUAGAGAAUUUGGCAGUAUGUCCAACCGACCAGCCCAGGACCUCCACAUCCGGCUUCUUCACCUGCGGGAUCGUCUGAGACCAGCCACCCAGACAGCUGAUGAAACUGUGGGUUUGCACAACUGAAGAAUUUCUGCACAAACUGUCAGAAACCGUCUCAGGGAAGCUCAUCUGCGUGCUCGUCAUCCUCACCAGGGUCUUGACCUGACUGCAGUUCGGCGUCGUAACCGUCUUCAGUGGGCAAACACUCAUCUUCGAUGGACACUGGUAAGCUGGAGAAUUGUGCUCUUCACGAAUGAGUCCCGGUUUCAACUGUACCGGGCAGAUGGCAGACAGCGUGUAUGGCGUCGUGUGGGCGAGCGUCAACGUUGUGAACAGAGUGCCCCAUGGUGGCGGUGGGGUUAUGGUAUGGGCAGGCAUAAGCUACGGACAACGAACACAAUUGCAUUUUAUUGCUGCCAAUUUCAAUGCACAGAGAUACCAUGAUGAGAUCCUGAGGCCCAUUGUCGUGCCAUUCAUCCGCCGCCAUCACCUCAUGUUUCAGCAUGAUAAUGCACAGCCCCAUGUCGCAAGGAUCUGUACACAAUUCCUGGAAGCUGAAAAUGUCCCAGUUCAUCCAUGGCCUGCAUACUCACCAGACAUGUCACCCAUUGAGCAUGUUUGGGUUGCUCUGGAUCAACGUGUGCGACAGCGUGUUCUAGUUCCCGUCAAUAUCCAGUAGCUUCGCACAGCCAUUGAAGAGGAGUGGGACAACAUUCCACAGGCCACAAUCAACAGCCGGAUCAACUCUAUGCGAAGGAGAUGUGUCGCGCUGCAUGAGGCAAAUGGUCACACCAGAUACUGACUGGCUUUCUGAUCCACGGCCCUACCUUUUUUUCUUUUGAAGGUGUCUAUGAACAACAGGUGCAUAUUUAUAUUCCCAGUCAUGUGAAAUCCAUAGAUUAGGGCCUAAUGAAUUUAUUUCAGUUGACUGAUUUCCUUAUAAAAUCUUUGAAAUUGUUGCGUGUUGCGUUUAUAUUUUUGUUCAGUGUAGCUAGCUAACGUUACAGCCCUUACCUUACUCAUUCAUUCAGUACGCUCCCUCCUAUGUCAAUCAAUUUUUUUCCUUUUCAUUAUAAUCCACAUUUGCGCUGACUGAUUAACUCAGUGUCAAAUUACUUUUCAAUGUAUUCCCAAAUCAGGGAAGUCGCCAUCCAAGUAAAAAGUAGCCAGGUUAAACAACAGCAAACAUCAUGAAAAGAAUAAUGGGCAGAUGUUGCACAUUCCAGGUGUGGAAAUCUCUUAGAGACUUACCCAAGAAGACUCACAGCUGUAAUCGAUGUCAAAGGGGUUUCUAACCCGUAUUCAGGGAAGCUGAAUACUUAUGCAACGACUAUAUUUUAGUUAUUUAAUUUGUAUUAGUCUAACUUCGACGUGACUUAUUGUUGACAAAAAAAUGACAAUUCAAUCCAUUUUAAUCCCACCUUGUGACACUCUAAAAUGUGAAGAAAUCCAAGUGGUCUGAAUACUUUUGCAAGGUGUAUGUUGGUCUGUUGUACUUCAAACAAUGUUGCUUGAGAUUCAAACCUUCUCAAACAGCCUAAUUCAUACUCUUCAGAGGGAUAAUGGACUUUACAGUGUCCUGCUAUUAAAAUAUUAUAUAUAUAUAUAUUUCACUUCACCAAUUUGGACUAUGUUGUGGAUGUCCUUUACAUGAAAUCCAAAUAAAAGUCCAAAUAAAAAAUCCAAAUAAAAAUCAAUUUAAAUUACAGGUUGUAAUGCAAUAAAAUAGGAAAAACACCAAGAGGGGUGAAUACUUUUGCAAGGCACUGUAUAUACAGUACCAGUCAAAAGUUUGGACACACCUACUCAUUCCAGGGUUUUUCUUUAUUUUUACUAUUUUCUACAUUGUAAAAUAAUAGUGAAGACAUCAAAACUAUGAAAUAACACAUAUGGAGCCAUGUAGUAACCAAAAAAGUGUCAAACAAAUAAAAAUCUAUUUUAUAUUUGAGAUUCUUCAAAUAGCCACCCUUUGCCUUGAUGACAGCUUUGCACAUUGGUGUGAGUGUGUGUUUGUAGGAUCUGGAGCGCAGAGUGGAACUGAGCAGCAGCAGUUACCAGAGACAGUUGGCCACAGAGAGGAGGAAGACCAUCAGUACCCAGGACCAGGUCUCAGUCCUACAGGGGGAGGUGGAACGACUCAGCAACAAACUCAAGGUACACACACACACACACACACACACACACACACACACACGAAGGCACACACACACACACACACACACACACACACACACACACACACACACACACAAAGGCACACACACACACACACACACACGAAGGCACACACACACACACACACACACACAGACAGACAGACAGACAGACUGUACGUUGCGUUAUAGAAGAUCAUUGACCUGUAUACUCCAUGUAUUGUAUAUCACUGGUACAGUGCGUUCUGAAAGUAUUCAGACCCCUUGACGUUUUCCACAUUUUGAUACGUUACAGCCUUAUUCUAAAAUUGAUUAAAUUGUUUUUUUCCCUCAUCAAUCUACAAACAAUGUCCGACAUUGACAAUGCAAAAACUGGUUUUAAGAGAUGUUUGCAAAUGUAUAAAAAAAAAAAAAACUGCAAUAUCACAUUGACAUAAGUAUUCAGACCCUUUACUCAGUACUUUGUUGAAGCACCGUUGGCAGCGAUUACAGCCUCGGUCUUCUUGGUUAUGACGCUACAAGCUUGGCACACCUGUAUUUGGGAGUUUCUCCCGUUCUUCUCUGCAGAUCCUCUCAAGCUCUGUCAGGUUGGAUGGGGAGCGUCGCUGCACAGCUAUUUUCAGGUCUAUCCAGAGAUGUUCAAGUCCCGGCUCUGGCUGGGCCACUCAAGGAUAUUCAGAGACUUGUCCCGAAGCCACUCCUGCGUUGUCUUGGCUGUGUGCUUAGGGUCGUUGUCCUGUUGGAAGGUGAACCUUCACCCCAGUCUGAGGUGCUGAGCACUCUGGAGCAGGUUUUCAUCAAGGAUCUGUCUGUACUUUGCUCCGUUCAUCUUUCCCUCGAUCCUGACUAGUCUCCCAGUCCCUGCCGCUGAAAAAUAUCCCCACAGCAUGAUGCUGCCACCACCAUGCUUCACCGUAGGGAUGGUGCCAGGUUUCCUCCAGAAGUGACACUUGGCAUUCAGGCCAAAGAGUUCAAUCUUGGUUUCAUCAGACCUGAGAAUCUUGUUUCUCAUGGUCUGAGAGUCCUUUAGGUGCCUUUUGGCAAACUCCAAAUGGGCUGUCAUGUGCCUUUUACUGAGGAGUGGCUUCCAUCUUGCCACUCUACCAUAAAGGCCUGAUUGGUGGAGUGCUGCAAAUAUGGUUGUCCUUCUGGAAGGUUCUCCCAUCUCCACAGAGGAACUCUGGAGCUCUGUCAGAGUGACCAUCGGGUUCUUGUUCACCUCCCUGACCAAGGCCCUUCUCCCCCGAUUGCUCAGUUUGGCCGGGCGGCCAGCUCUAGGAAGAGUCUUGGUGGUUCCAAACUUCUUCCAUUUGGAGGCCACUGUGUUCUUGGGAGCCUUCAGUGCUGCAGAAAUGUUUUGGUACCCUUCCCCAGAUCUGUGCCUCGACACAAUCCUGUCUCGGUGCUCUACGGUAAAUUCCUUCGACCUCAUGGCUUGGUUGUUGUUCUGACAUGCACUGUCAACUGUGGGACCUUAUAUAGACAGGUGUGUGCCUUUCCAAAUCAUGUCCAAUCAAUUCAAUUUACCACAUUGAUUAUCAAUGGAAACAGGAUGCACCUGAGCUCAAUUUCGAGUCUCAUACCAAAGGGUCUGAAUACUUAUGGAAAUAAGGUAUUUCUGUUUUUUAUUUGUAAUCAAUUAGUAAAAAAUUCUAAAAACCUGUUUUCACUUUGUCAUUAUGGGAUAUUGAUGAGGAACAUUUUGUAUUUAAUCCAUUUUAGAAUAAGGCUGAAACGUUACAAAAUGUGGAAAGAGUCAACAUGCCGAAUAGACAAACUGAACUUGGAGAAAGAGACACACACACACACACAUACACACACACACACACACACACACACACACACACACACACACACACACACACACACACACACACACACACACACACACACACACACACGGACAGACACACACACACACACACACACCACACACACACACACACACACACACACACACACACACACACGAGCACCACACACACACACACACACACAACAACAACCACACACACACACACCACACACACACACACACACACGGAGACAGCACACACACACACACACACACACACACCACACCACGGAACACACAACACACCACACACACACACAACACACACACCACACACACACACACGAACAACACACACACACACACACACACACGAGACAACACACACACACACACACACACACACACACACACGUAGACAGACACAUACACCACACACAACACGGAACAGACACACCACACACACACACACACACACACACACACCCCACACGGAGACAGCACACAUACACACCACACACACACGGAGACAGACACACCACACACAAGACAGACACACACACACACACACACACACGGAGACAACACACACACACAACACACACACACACACACACGAGACAGACACAUACACACACACACACACGACACAGACACACAACACACACACACACACACACACACACAGGCAACAACACAUCAACCACAACACUGAACAGUACCAAACACCACAGGAAGCAACACACACACAGAGGACAACAUCUAUGCACACACACACCCCAAACACACCCAGAGCACAUACACAACAAAAAUGUAGUUGCUUCUGAAAAGCCUCAACUCUAACUGUGUAGGAAAGGAUAGGGAUCUGGACGAGAACAUCUAUGCCAACGUUGUUAAACCGUCGCCCAGAACAUACCACCACAAAGAGGAA